CGAAAAUUUAAUACUACUACUAUACCUUACCCAGCCCAGCACCUAUACCUAACGUACUCUCUGUCUCUCAUCCAUCCCCUCGUUUCGUUUCCGCCAGCGUUCUGCGAAACCCAACGCAUCUAAAAAAAAGCACCCCCCCAAACGCUCCUUAAUCCCCCACCAACCAACCUACCAACCUAAUCACCAUGACCGAACACACCACCACCCCCUCAGCAGAGGGCGACAACACCGUCCUCACACUGCGCAAAGUCCUGGUGUCGGAGUCAGAGCCCCUCGCGCGCCGCUUCCGCGCCCUCUUCUCCCUCAAAUACCUGGCGUGUCAGCAGCCGGUGACCGAGAACACUCUGCCGGCGAUCGAGGCCAUCGCGGCGGGAUUCUCGUCGCCGUCGGCGCUGCUGAAGCACGAGCUGGCGUACUGUCUCGGGCAGACGCGGAACCCGGAUGCCGUGGCGUUUCUUCAGCAGGUUCUGAAGGAUACGGACGAGGAUGUCAUGUGUCGCCAUGAGGCGGCGGAGGCGCUGGGUGCGCUGGGGUAUGAGGAUUCUUUGGCGAUCUUGCGGGCGCUGAAGGAUGAUGAGAAUGAGCCGGAGGUCAUUCGCGAGACGUGCGAUAUUGCGGUUGAUCGGAUCCUGUGGGAGAAUUCCGAUGAGAGGAAGGCGGAGAAGUUGAAGCCUAGUGACUUCACCUCGAUCGACCCCGCCCCGCCCCUUCCCCUCGCCGCCGCGGAGCCCUCGAUCCCGGACCUGGAGAAGACCCUGCUCGACACAAAACUCCCUCUCUUCCAAAGAUACCGCGCCAUGUUUGCCCUGCGCGACCUCGCCUCCCCCCCUGACCUGCCCACCGCCGUCGAGGCCGUCGAUGCGCUGUCCAAGGGUCUCAAGGACCCCUCUGCGCUGUUCCGCCACGAGGUCGCAUUCGUCUUCGGCCAGCUCUGCCACCCCGCCUCCGUCCCCAGUCUGACGGAGUGCCUCAGCAACCAGGAAGAGGAGGGCAUGGUGCGCCACGAGGCCGCCGAAGCCCUCGGUAGCCUGGGCGACGUGGCGGGCGUGGAAGACACCCUGAAGAAGUUCUUGAACGACCCGGAGCAGGUGGUGCGCGACAGCAUCAUCGUGGCCCUGGACAUGGCCGAGUUUGAGAAGAACGGGGAGAUGGAAUAUGCCUUGGUGCCGGACUCUGCCGCUUCCGCUGUGUCUGCUGCGUGAUGAUGAAUUAUGCGAACAAAAAGAUGUCUACAAUGUCGGUAAAUAGUUGCUUUCAUGACUCAUAGAUGUACAAUUGAGAUCCCAAAAUUAGAUGAGCG